UCCGUCUGCCGGGCGUCCUUCUGGCGUUAGCGUGAAGAACGUGGCAGGGAGGCUCCAAGCGGGGGCACCGAAAUCCCCUCGGGGCGAUGAUGGUAUUUUGCCCUCUAGAAGAAGUGGGCAAAGCAGUUAGGAACAGGAAACAACGAAUAUAGCAACAGACAUGGAUGAACAAGCCCUUUUAGGGCUCAACCCAAAUGCUGAUGCAGACUUCAGACAACGAGCACUGGCCUAUUUUGAGCAGCUCAAGAUAUCUCAGGAUGCUUGGCAAGUCUGUGCAGAAGCAUUAGCUCAGAGUAUAUACAGUGAUGAUCACAUCAAGUUCUUCUGCUUUCAAGUUCUCGAACAUCAGGUUAAGUUCAAGUACUCUGAACUUACUGAAGUCCAGCAGCAGCUAAUUAGGGAAACACUCAUAACAUGGCUGCAAGCACAGAUGCUGAAUCCCCAGCCUGAGAAGACUUUUAUUCGCAACAAAGCAGCACAAGUCUUUGCAUUGCUUUUUGUUACUGAAUAUCUCACAAAAUGGCCCAAGUUUUUUUUUGACAUUCUGUCAGUAGUUGACCUUAAUCCACGAGGUGUGGAUAUGUACCUCAGAAUCCUGAUGGCUGUUGAUGCUGAGCUGGUGGACCGGGAUGUUGUUCAUACAUCAGAGGAGGCUCGUAGGAACACCUUAUUAAAAGAUACUAUGAGGGAACAGUGCAUUCCAAGUUUGGUGGAGUCGUGGUACCAAAUCUUACAAAAUUAUCAAUAUAAUAACUCAGAGUUGACAUGCCAGUGCCUUGAAGUAGUUGGAGCUUAUGUAUCCUGGAUAGAUUUGAGCCUGAUAGCCAAUGAAAGGUUUAUAAAUAUGCUGCUAGGUCACAUGUCUGUGGAAGUUCUUCGGGAAGAAGCCUGUGAUUGUUUGUUUGAAAUUGUAAAUAAGGGAAUGGACCCAAUUGAUAAAACAAAACUGGUUGAGUCUUUAUGUCAAGUAUUGCAGUCUGCUGGCCUCUUCAGUAUUGAUCAGGAAGAUGAUGUGGAUUUUCUGGCCAGGUUUUCUAAGCUGGUCAAUGGGAUGGGGCAAGCAUUAAUAGCUAGUUGGACUAAACUGAUAAAAAAUGGUGAUAUGAAGAGUGCUCAAGACACUCUACAAGCUAUUGAAGCAAAAGUGGCCCUGAUGUUGCAACUUCUAAUUCAUGAAGAUGAUGACAUCUCUUCUAACAUCAUUGGCUUUUGUUACGACUACCUUCACAUCCUGAAACAACUUUCUGCACUUUCAGACCAACAAAAAGCUAAUGUAGAGGCAAUCAUGUUGGCUGUUAUGAAGAAGUUGACAUAUGAUGAAGAAUAUAAUUUUGAAAAUGAGGGUGAAGAUGAAGCAAUGUUUGUGGAGUACAGAAAACAGUUGAAACUGUUGCUGGACAGACUUGCUCAGGUUUCACCAGAAUUACUGUUGGCAUCUGUCCGCAGAGUUUUUAACACUACACUUCAAAACUGGCAGACUACACGAUUUAUGGAAGUAGAAGUGGCAAUAAGGCUGCUAUAUAUGUUGGCUGAGGCUCUUCCUGUAUCUCAUGGUGCUCAUUUCUCUGGUGAUGUUACUAAAGCUACAGCUUUACAAGACAUGAUGAGAACGCUGGUGACUUCUGGUGUUAGUGCCUAUCAACACACAUCAGUGACCCUGGAAUUUUUUGAAACAGUGGUUAGAUAUGAAAAAUUCUUUGCUGUUGAACCUCAGCACAUUCCAACUGUACUAAUGGCAUUUUUAGAUCACCGUGGUCUUCGUCAUACAAGUCCCAAAGUACGGAGUCGAACAGCUUACCUCUUUUCCAGAUUUGUCAAGUCUCUUAAUAAGCAAAUGAAUCCCUUUAUUGAAGAUGUUCUAAACAGAAUACAAGACCUGAUGGAACUUUCUCCUCCUGAAAAUGGCUACCAAGCACUGUUAAGCAGUGAUGAUCAACUUUUCAUUUAUGAAACAGCUGGAGUGUUAAUAGUUAACAGCGAAUACUCUGCAGAAAGAAAACAGGUUCUGAUGAGGAAUUUAUUGACUCCACUGAUGGAGAAGUUCAAAGUAUUGUUAGAAAAACUGAUGAUGGCACAAGACGAGGACAGACAGAUGGCACUGGCUGACUGCCUCAAUCAUGCUGUUGGGUUUGCUAGCCGAACCAGCAAGGCUUUCAGCAAUAAGCAAACUGUAAAACAAUGUGGCUGCUCAGAGGUUUAUCUGGACUGCUUACAAACAUUUCUGCCAGCUCUCAGUUGUCCAUUACAAAAGGAAGUUCUGAGAAGUGGUGUCCGCACUUUCCUUCACCGCAUGAUUAUUUGCCUAGAGGAAGAAGUUCUUCCGUUCAUUCCUUCUGCCUCUGAACACAUGCUUAAAGAUUGUGAAGCAAAAGAUCUUCAAGAAUUCAUUCCUCUUAUAAACCAAAUAACAGCUAAGUUUAAGACACAGGUUUCACCUUUCCUGCAACAGAUGUUUAUGCCACUACUUCAUGCUAUUUUUGAGGUGUUGCUCCUUCCAGCAGAAGAAAAUGACCAGUCUGCUGCUUUAGAAAAACAAAUGUUACGGAGGAGUUACUUUGCUUUUCUGCAGACAGUAACUGGCAGUGGAAUGAGUGAAGUCAUAGCUAAUCAAGGUGCAGAGAAUGUGGAACGUGUGUUGUUCACUGUCAUUCAAGGAGCAGUGGAUUACCCAGAUCCUAUUGCACAGAAGACUUGUUUUAUUAUUCUUUCUAAGUUGGUGGAGCUCUGGGGAGGUAAAGAUGGACCAGUAGGUUUUGCAGACUUUGUCUACAAGCACAUUGUUCCUGCAUGUUUCUUAGCACCUUUGAAGCAAACGUUUGACUUGGCAGAUGCCCAGACAGUGCUGGCUUUAUCAGAAUGUGCAGUGACGUUAAAAACAAUUCAUCUCAAAAGGGGUCCUGAGUGCAUUCAGUAUCUUCAGCAAGAGUAUUUGCCUUCUUUGCAAGUAGCUCCUGAGAUAAUCCAGGAAUUCUGUCAAGCACUUCAGCAGCCUGAUGCUAAAGUUUUUAAAAAUUACUUAAAGGUGUUUUUCCAGCGAGCCAAGCCCUAAGGAAAGUACUGGAAUCUCAUGUACCUGUUUCCAUAAUGCAGAACUCUGGUUGUUAAUUUAUAAAAAUGCUAACUUGUGCCAUUCAAACUGGUUUUGUUUUUAAGAAAUGUUGCUUUGUGCUCACAUCAGUAUGUACUUUAACCUUCCGCAAAAAAGAAAUGCAAAUUCCCCACCUGAGUCUCAGACAUGAAGGUAUGUGACAACAUGAAAAAUUAUCUGUAUACACAAACUUUUAUUAUGUAUAGGAUGAGCUAAGCUUACACUGUAACACAUACAGCAAGGAAAUGACACUUAUUUUUUAAAUUAAAUGAAUUAAAUGUAAAAAUACCUUCAGACCAUAGCAAUGGUUAUUAAAAUGUGUACAUUUUUGAUACGGAGUAAAAUGUUUUAAUAAGACAUAAAAUUCAUUUGUUCAUGUAUGGUGACAUGAAAAUAAAACAAUCAAAGUCCUUCUUGUAGAUAGUCAUUUUAUUGAAGUUGUCUUAAUGAUAAAAUAUAUAUAUACCUCCUAUAAAACAGAUUGGUGUAAUAAAUGAUUUCACUUAAAAGUAGCAUCUGGUUCUAUCUUUUUUUUAUAAAAACAAUAAAAUUUGAUGCAGUGAAAUGUCUGUCUUAAGUCUCUCUGAAUCAUUUGAGCUUUAUCUGUAGAAGCUACAGCAUUCUUGACUCUUCUGGCUGUUACAUCUGAGUGGAACCUGGCAAUUUUUCUGGUGCUUAGGUAAUAAAUUAUAUUGCUCCCUUGCAUGUGGAAGAUGCUGGCAGAAAGAAUUGCAUUCACUGCAAUAUUUCAGUAGCAUGAAUGGUCUAUACAGUGAUUUUUAGUAGAAUGCUGCUACUUUGAUUUUUUAAAUUCUGUAACAUGACAGGUUUUUAUAACUAUCUCAUAGGGGCAGGGGAAAGUUUAAAUCUUGUAAUGCAUGGGAUUUAUAAUACUUUCCUCCUGAACUAAUGUGCAUAGUUAAAAGCUGACUUAGCUCUAGUGUAAUCAGAUGAGCAUUUUUCCUAGACUCUAGUGGCUUGUUCUUCAUUCACUUUAAUUGAAAAAUAAAUGGGAAGGUGGGUCAGAAGCAGCUCCAGGAUCAGAGCAUGGUGAUGUUUUGAACAUACUGCCAUUUUCAUUUUUCACUGAGGGAAGAAAGUAGCUUUACUACCUUCAAUAGGACAGUAUUACUUUUGUAAGAUUUUGUUCCUGAUUUAUAUGUGUUUAAUCAAAAGUUUCUUGUUAAUUGAUUUGUUGUAUCAGAAAAUGAGUGCUUGUUGUGCUGUUCAUAUUUCCUAGCUUCACAGUACUGUUUCCCUCCCUUUGCUGCCAUACCAAUGCUCCAUUUCAUUUUCUCCCAUAGCACUAGAAGCUUUCCCUCUCUGACUUGGUGCUUUCCAGAUGUUGCUGUUCUCCUGCACCUCCCCAGCAUGAAGGCUGCACCCCUGACACUGCAACUAUGGCUGAGGAUUUGCUGUCAGUCUUCUGUGUCUGUCUGGGCCUCCUCCCCCACAGUUACAGCAGAUUAUGUGAAGUGAACAAUAAAGCUUUUUGUGUUUGA